CCACGCCCCGUGUCCCUCCCCCGCCAUGGCCCCCCUGGCCGAUCUCUACCAACUCACCGCCGCCUACGGGCAGUGGCGGGCGGGCCGGGCCGCGCUCCCCGCGGCCGCCGAGCUCUUCUUCCGGCGCGGGCCCUUCGGGGGGGCCCCGGCGCUGGCGGCCGGGCUGGCCCAGGGGCUGCGCUGCCUCCGCGCCUUCCGCUUCUCCGCCGCCGAUGUCGCCUACCUGCGCUCUGUCCUGCCCAGCACCACCGAGGACGCCUUCUUUGACUACCUGGCCACCCUGGAUGCCUCUGAGGUGACAGUGUCUGCUGUGCCAGAGGGCUCCGUCGUCUUUGCCAGGGUCCCGUUCCUGCAGGUGAAGGGGCCUUUGCUGGUGGUGCAGCUGCUGGAGACCACCUUGUUGUGCCUGGUCAACUACGCCAGCCUGGUGGCCACGAAUGCCGCUCGGUUCCGACUCCUGGCUGGUCCGGAUGUGAAGCUGAUGGAGAUCGGGCUGCGCCGCGCGCAGGGCCCGGACGGUGCCCUCUCAGCCUCCAAGUACUCCUACAUCGGGGGCUUCGACUACACCAGUAACAUCCUGGCAGGGAAGCUCUACGGCAUCCCAGUGCGCGGCACCGUCGCCCACUCCUUCAUCAUGUCCUUCAGCUCCCUGGAGGAGGUGCAGCCCCGGGAGCUGGCACCCCUGGCAGGAGGACAGCCAGUGGAUCUCCCCACCUUGGCUGAGUCGUGGCUGGGGCGGGUGUGUGAUCUGCUCCAGACCCCACCCCAGAAAGCCAACCGGGGCGAACUGGCCGCCUUCGUGUCCUACGCCAUCACCUUCCCACGGGACUUCCAGGGGCUGCUGGACACCUACUGCGUCAGGAGGAGUGGUUUGCCCAACUUUUGUGCCGUGGCUCUGGCCCUGCAGCAGUUGGGCUACCGGGCCAUCGGGGUGCGCCUGGACAGCGGGGACCUGGCCCAGCAAUCCAAGGAGAUCCGCCAAGUCCUCCGAGCUUGUGGUGCUCACUUCCAGGUGCCCUGGUUUGAGACCAUCCCCAUCGCGGUCAGCAAUGACAUCAGUGAGCAGAGCCUGGAGGAGUUCCAGCGGGAGGGGAGUGAGAUCGACAUGAUCGGCGUGGGGACCAACCUGGUGACGUGUCCCCUGCAGCCGUCGCUGGGCUGCGUUUACAAGCUGGUGGAGGUCAAUGGCUCCCCCUGCCUGAAGCUGACAGAAGAUGAGGAGAAGAUGACAAUCCCUGGGACUAAGACGAUCUAUCGGCUCUACGACGCUGCUGGUCACCCCUUUAUGGACCUCAUGGCACUGGAGGAGGAGCCUUCGCCCAGCGCGGGGCAGGAGCUGGUGGUGCACGUCCUAGGGCAGUUUGGUGAGACCAGCAAGGUCGUGCCCACCACCGUGGAGACCCUCCAUCGCACGUACUUCAGAGAUGGCCAGGUGUGUGAGCCACUGCCCAGCCUGCCUGAGGUGAGGAGCCAUGCCCAGGUGUCCCUCAGCCUGCUCAGCCCCGCGCACCGGCAGCUCCACCAGCCCCAGCCCUACCCGGUGGCUGUGACAGAGAAGCUGCACCAUCUCCUCACCAAGCUGCGACAGGCCAGGCAGUGAGGAGGUCCCCAUGUGUCCCCUGAGCUGUGCCACCCCCUGGCUGGGGCCUGCUCUUCCUCCACACUCUUCUGAAGACCAGGUGACUAAUUGGGAAACUGUGGUUCUAACGACCUUGCUGGUGUGGAUCCAGGGACCUUGCAAGAACUGGAAGUGCUGCCAAGAUGGGGCAGGCGGAGCUGGGAGGCAGCUGUCCCCCUGUCCUCUGGAAGUGAUGGCCCUUCACUGCUUUCCUUAGUGGCCCGACCAGCCCUGCACCUUCUGCUGUGGCAGUGCUGCCCACCUUGGUGGCCCUGCCCUCCUUGUGCCUUCUGCUGUGGCAGUGCUGCCCACCUUGGUGGUCCUGCCCUCCUUGUGCCUUCUGCUGUGGCAGUGCUGCCCACUUUGGUGGCCCUACCAAUCCUGUUCCUUUAGUGGUGGCAACCCCUGCUUGAAGCUCCUCUGGAGCACAAGAGACCAAGUCUUGAGCACACAUGGAGUCCUACCAUGGGAAAGGCCAGCCUGUCCUUUUAACCCACCUCCUGUGGGACAUCCAUGGCAGAUGCAUUUUGCCCUUCCUCUUCAAGGCUUCGUGGCCACCAUUUCAUCUCUUUCCAUGUUGUAUCCAUUCCCUGGGAUGUGGAGCCCAGCUCCAGGUUGACACCUGCACUCUCCACCCUGGAGUUCAUGGAGUCACUAAAUCCCCACAAUUCACUUCAUCCUAAGCAAAAAACAAAAAACAACAAACCCAAACAAAACCACAAACGAAAUAAAGAGCUUCACCCACCAUGGCCACAGCAGGUGGCUGCUCUGGUCCUUCACAGACCAUCUAGUUCCAACACCCCUGCAUGGGCAGGGACACCUCCCACCAGCCCAGGCUGCUCCAAGCCCCAUCCAACCUGCCCUUCAACACUGCCAGGGAUGGGGCAGCCACAGCUUCCCUGGGCAACCUGGGCCAGGCUCUCCCCACCCUCACAGCCCAGAAUUUCCUCCUGAUGUCUUCAUGGUUUAUGACUGAAUAAAGAUGGAAUGAAAAGCAAGUGCUUGACCCAGGAGGAACACCUGGGGGGGUGGCCCCAGCAGGUGCCCUCACAGCCCUGUUUUGUGGCACCCCAGCACCAUAAUUCCAGUGAAAAACCCCCUUGUAGCUCCACAGGAGGUACGUCUCCUGCCCAGGUGGUGACUGUUUGAAGGUUUUAUCAAACCAGGGUCAAGAAAAGUUGUUGCAUGGAAUUAAAACCAACCAACAAACAACUUCAGAGGCUCAGCCUUCUCCAAGACACCCUUAUUUUCUCCACUCCUGCCCAAAAUCUGUAAGAGGGAUCAUAAAUCCUUUCCCCUGAGCUUGUAAAAUGUGGAGACCCAGAACUGAGCCACCUAGGGGGAAGAUGCAGUGAGGGAGGGCAAAAGAUAAACCCCCCUGAGAUGUUCCUCAGGCACUAGCCUUGCAUGUCCUCCCAGGAACAGCUGUGAUUUAGAUCUUCUUUGCAUCUUUCCUGCAUGGUGAUGGGGACAAUAAACACUAAACGAGCUUAAGGA